AGGCGCGCCUAAGGUAUCCUCCCUCAAUCUCAACUUUCUUUGCCGCUUUUCAACCUCUUCCUCCUGGCCAUCGUCGCGAACGAUUGAAGCCGCAGUCUCCAGAAAAUACAUUGCACCCGCUUCCCCUCUGCGUCUACUCAACGACCACCGUCACGAUGUCUGAAAUUCCAAGAAAACAAAAUUCCCAAACCGCUCCUACUCCGCAAAAUACUCCCAUGAACAAUGCUCCCAUAUCCUCCCACGCUCAGCAACCUGGCGUCGGAACGAUCAAGGAAGAGGAGUUCGACCGUGCUGCCGCUGCAUCCAUCUUCGCCCAAAACCCCAAGCUCGUCCAGAUGAUUCAAGGCAAACUCGGAUCUCUCGUUGGCCGAUCCUCAGGCUAUGUCGAGUCCCUCCCCGCACCUGUUCGUCGUCGCGUCGCGGGUCUCAAGGGCGUGCAAAAGGAACACUCGAAAUUAGAGGCUGAGUUUCAGGAGGAGGUUCUGGAGUUGGAGAAGAAGUACUUCGCCAAGUUCACACCGUUAUAUCAAAAGCGAGCCAAGAUCGUUAAUGGUGCAGCUGAACCCACUGCUGAGGAAAUCAAAUCUGGAGAGGAGGACGAGGAGCAAGAUGAGGCGGAGCCCGCAGAAAAGUCAGAAGAGCCAUCUGAUGUCAAGGGUAUCCCUGAGUUCUGGCUUUCUGCUAUGAAGAAUCAGGUCUCUCUGGCCGAGAUGAUUACCGACAGAGAUGAGGCUGCCCUCAAGGAUCUUACCGACGUCCGCAUGGAGUAUCUCGAUAAGCCUGGAUUCCGACUGAUCUUCGAGUUUGCUGAGAACGAAUUCUUCGCAAACAAGACAAUCACAAAGACCUACUUCUAUCAGAACGAGAGUGGUUACGGUGGAGACUUUAUCUACGAUCAUGCUGAAGGUGACAAGAUUGAGUGGAAGAGUGGCAAGGAUCUGACCGUCCGGAUCGAGAGCAAGAAGCAACGAAACAAGAACACCAAGCAGACUCGGGUUGUAAAGAAGACUGUCCCAACCGAAUCGUUCUUCAACUUCUUCUCGCCUCCUAAGGCUCCCACGGAUGAGGAUGACGACGAUGCUGCAUCUGAUAUUGAAGAACGCCUUGAGCUUGAUUAUCAAUUGGGUGAGGAUAUCAAGGAGAAGCUCAUCCCCCGUGCCAUUGAUUGGUUCACUGGCGAGGCUUUGCAAUUUGAGGAGUUGGACGAUGACAUGGAGGAGGGUGACUUUGAGGACGAAGAUGAUGAGGAAGACGAUGCCAGCGAGGACCAUGAUGACGAGGAUGAAUCUGAUGAGGAUGAUGAUGCGGCGAAACCUAAGCAGGAGGCUGCUGAGUGCAAGCAAAGCUAAACCUUCAGUCAAACCCAUGUCCGAACAUUCAGACCUUCCCGGCCAGUCACUCUUUGACCCGUCGAGCCACAUCGAGUCCGCGUUUACACGUGGA